AUGUCUUCCUCCACUCUUACCUCAAACAUUCCAUUUGCCGAUCCAUCCUGGCACAAGAACACUGCACACCCAUACUACAAGGAUUCUCACCGGAAGCUGCAGCGCUUCAUUCGGGAGUAUGUUGAUAGCGAGAUCACACCCAAUGCGGGCGAAUGGGAGGCGCAAGGAUUUGUCCCUGAAGAGGCUUUCCAACGUCACGCACAGCUAGGCUUCUUAGCUGCUGCUGUGUUUCCACUUCCCAAGGAUUGCCUUGAGGGGGUGACGCUGCCUGCGGGUAUUCCAGCGGAUGAAUGGGAUGAGUUCCAUGAUGCUAUCCUCAUCGACGAGAUCGCGCGCUGCGGAUACUUGGGCGUUGUCUGGGGAAUCAACGGUGGUGCUACCACUGGCGGAGCUCCCAUCGCCUCUUAUGGUACACCGGAGCAGAAGAGAAAGUAUUUGGCACCGUUGUUGCGGGGGCAGCAGAAGCACUGUCUCAUGGUGACUGAACCAGAUGCUGGUUCUGAUGUUGCUGGCCUCACCACCACGGCCGAAAAGUCCAAAGAUGGAAAAAGCUGGGUUAUCAACGGAGAGAAGAAGUGGAUCACACAGGGUCAGUUGGCUACACACGCUCUCUGUGCCGCUCGAACUGGGCCCCCGGGUGCCAAGGGCAUCACUGUCUUUAUUCUUGAUAUGAAGAUGCCUGGAAUCUCGGGGAAGAAGAUGUACAACUCCGGUGUCAGCAGCAGUGGCUCUACCUUCAUUGAUUUGCAGGAUGUUGUGGUUCCCGUCGAGAAUAUCCUUGGCAAGGAGAACCAAGGAUUUGAGAUUAUCAUGUCAACCUUCACUCAUGAACGUCUGUGGGUUGGUAUCACCGCCCUCCGUCUGGGUCGUGUUGCUUUGGAAGACAGCUAUCGCCAUGCGCUGCGACGCGAGACAUUUGGCAAGAAGCUGUUCGAGAACCAGGCAGUGCGACUCAAGUUCAGCAAGAUGGCUGGCCUUAUUGAACCCGUUCAUUGUUUGAUGGAAGAUAUUGUGCAUCGGUCAACACGCACUGCUCCUCUUAACUUCUCGCCGUGGACGGCGCUGCUGAAAUUCCAGGCUGCACAAAAUCUCGAGAGCAUUUCUCGGGAGGCACAGCAGGUGUUUGGUGGACUGGGGUACUCCAGGGGCGGACUUGGUGGAAGGGUGGAACAGAUCAGUCGAGAUGUUCGGGUGUUGGUGGUCUCCGGCGGAAGUGAGGAGAUCCUCAUGGACAUGAUUGCGAAGCAGCAGAAGAAGCUGGCAAAGCUAUAG